UCUGACACUUCAGCGAUGGGUUUUUUAGGGGGAAAUAAAAAAGAACUUUUACCGUGUGCAUGAGAAAAACUUAAAAGGUUUUGUUCGAAUUUAUCUACAGAAAAUAUGGACCCAGAUUUGAUGACUUGGGUUCUAUAUGUGGUGUUUUAGAUUACAGCUUUUUCGUAAGAUGUGUUGUAUUAAAGUUGGAUUAGAUGUGGAUGAUCAUGCGAGGGGGUGUUUAAGAGGGUUCCCUAGGUCCAGUAGUACUGUUUGAUAGAUACACGUACGUUUCUUAUAAUAUGAAAUCAUGUAGCCAUCGGAAUCACCAGUUUGACAUGUUCACAUGUGUUUAUGGCUAUUUUUUUAGAGAGUUGAACUGAUUUUAGUAAAAGAUAUGACGUAAUUAUGAUGAGGCACUAACAAUCCUAACCUAUUUUAAAGGGAAUACGAGUCGCCAAUAAUUGGCUCCUGAUUUUGAACACGAUGACCCUAACUGUAUAUGUUUCUGUGGAAGCAUCUUGUUAUAGGAUUCUCAAGCAUGAAACUUUAAUUGCAUCAAUCCUAUCUAUCUUUCAGUUUGGCUGCAUUAGCAAUUUCAGUAUGGAAGCCAAGAGGGGACAGAAUGCAAUUCAACAACUGCUAGCUGCUGAACAAGAAGCUCAGCGAAUUGUUAAUGAAGCCAGAAAAGCUAAGUUGGCCAGAUUAAAACAGGCCAAAGAAGAGGCUGAGAAGGAGAUUGCCGAGUUUUGUGCUCAUAUAGAACUUGAAUUUCAGAGAAAGGUUGAGGAGAGCUAUGGGAUUCAGAUGCCAUUGUGAAACGGCUGGAGCAAGAAACAGAGGCAAAGAUCCAUCACCUGAAGACACAGGCUGCAAGAAUAUCCAAUGAUGUCGUACAGAUGCUUCUAAAUCAUGUG